CACUUCCAUUUCCCGCCUAUUAUCAGUCCAUUUAGGCCCUUUUCAGCCGUUUUCGCGCCCAUAUCAAUUACGAGAGAAGAAGAAGAGAGAUAGAGAGUGAGAAAUAAAAAUGGCGGUGGGAGCAACAAGGAAGAAAGUACUUCGAAAGUUUAAGUUAAGAGGCUACAUCUUACAAACAGAUGCCCUAGAAGAGAUUUUAUCAUUUUUAACCCAAUUUGAAGACGCUGAGGAUGAAGCAAUCAAUGUCCUUCUCGACGAAAUCAAUAAAGAAUCUCUCAACUCAUCAGUUCUCGAUAGAGAUUCUGUUCAUCGAGUCAUCAGUCUUCUACAUGAAGCUGAAUCUGCUGUUGAAGCUAGCCCUAGUUCUAGCAAUCGUUCCCAUUUCAGAAUUGUUGAUUCCUUUAUAAUCCCUAAAUUUUGUUACGAUCCAAUCAAGAAAACUUUCUACGAGCGUACUGGAAAGCUUCCAAUACACGGUGAAGCUUCCUCUAAAGCUGCUUUAUACAGAGAUAGGUUUGAGUUGUUGCUUCAGAGGCUUUCUCGUGAUCCUCAUUUUGCAAAACCGGCUUUUGAUUCUGAAUUUAAUAGCUCUGAUAGCUGUGAGAUUUCUCCAAUUCAAUCUCUGAUUGGGCAGACGGGGAGGAGAUGGAUUAUGGGUGUAAUCUCCCAAUUAGAAGAUGGUCAUUUCUACUUAGAAGAUAUGACUGCAGCUGUACCAGUUAACUUAUCUAAUGCAAAGAUCACAACAGGUUUUUUUGUGGAGAACACUGUAAUUGUAGCUGAAGGAGAGCUGCUCCCAAGUGGUACCUUUCAGGUCAAUACAUGUGGGUUUCCCCCAUUGGAGGCCAGGGAUGAAUCAUUCUCAUUACUUGUAGGGCUAGACUUUUUUGGUUGUGGUGCAGUCCCAACAGAGGAAAUGCUUAGACUUUCAGAGUUGGAGAAGAAGGCUGUGAAUGACAUGUUUGUCAUCUUUUCUGAUAUUUGGCUGGAUGAUGCAGAGACUAUGGAAAGACUAGCCAUUGUACUGAAUGGUUAUGAGAAUGAGGCGGUGGUUCCUUCCUUGUUUGUCUUUAUGGGAAAUUUCUGCUCUCGUCCAUGUAACCUGGCUUUUAAUGCUUUCUCAAGUCUCAGAUCACAAUUUGGAAAGCUGGGAGAAAUGAUUGGGGCUCAUACCCGCUUAAUGGAGCAAAGCCAGUUCCUUUUUAUUCCAGGUCCGGAGGAUGCAGGUCCUUCAACGGUUUUGCCCAGGCCUGCGUUAUCCAAGUAUCUGACAGAGGAGCUUCAGAAGCAUGUUCCCAACGCCAUCUUUAAAAGUAACCCUUGCAGAAUCAAGUUUUAUACCCAGGAAAUCGUCUUCUUCCGUCAAGACCUCCUUUAUAAAAUGCGCCGUUCCUGCCUGAUUCCCCCUUCAACAGAAGAAACCAGUGAUCCUUUUGAGCAUCUUGUUGCAACCAUAACUCAUCAAAGCCAUUUAUGUCCCCUGCCUCUCACUGUUCAACCCAUUAUCUGGAAUUAUGAUCAUUGCCUCCGCCUAUAUCCAGCCCCGCAUACGAUAGUGUUGGGGGAUAGAAGUGAACAGAAGACAUUCGAAUACACAGGCACAACAUGUUUUAACACCGGUUCCUUCUCGAGUGACAGUACAUUCGCAGCAUACUUUCCUUGCACGAAGAAGGUUGAAUUGUCAGCCCUGUAAAUGAUCUUACAGCAGAUCUUUCUAGUGCUAAUUGCAAAGUCAGCAGGUUUAGUGUAAAAUUCGGAUAAUGAGAACGAUCCAAUUUUAUGUGGAUCUUCAGAGUUAGAAUUUGGAGUGAACUUCACACUUACAUGAACUGUAACAUUUAAUGUUGCCAAGAUAUGCAACUCAAAUAAUAUGCAUGCCAAGCAUUUAACCCAUUAAUGUAACUGUGAAGGUUUAAUUGUUUUGCCAGUCUUCUGCUUCGUUUACCCUCUUGCAGUUAUUUUCCGGAAUCAUCAUUAGAUACCCAUGAUAUGCUGCAUGUGGAAGCCUUGUAUCCUCCUAGAUGGCAGCCAUUUUUUACUUUAUUUUGAGAUAAAAGGUUGAUAUUUUAUUAAAAUGGAGGAGAGAAAAUAAAAUUACAGGAAAAAGAAGUCAAUGCAACCUCCCCUCGAUGAGGAACUCAAGCCUGCCAAUAAAGGUCUCCACAACACCUUGCAGCAAAGUUUAUUUCUCUAAAAAUAGGCUUAAAGCUAAUAUCUUCAAAUUGCGAAUUGAUUUUCUCCAUAAGCCUGAAUGGCACCUGCAAAAGCUGACACGCCUAAUCUUCUUUCCCGGCUCCAAGCGACUGCCCAUUCAAGAUCAACAAUUAUUAUAGUGUUAUGUAAUCACUAAUUAAUAUACUUGGCUUAAAUGUGAACAUUUAAUUAACUAUCUUGGCUUAAAGUACUAUAUACAUAGUACUGCAUGGACGAACCACUAACUUAGAAAUGAGAAAAAAGAAAUGGGGUGAAAG